GCUCUCAGCAGCUGUUUCUGCUGCAGCCCGAGAGGAACUCGGCAAGCCUGUCCCUGUUUGUGACUGCAAGCUCAGGAUUUCAAUCAAUGCAUUCCAGCACCCCUAAAGUGAGGAACUCUCCAUCAGGAAACACACAGAGUAGCCCUAAGUCAAAGCAGGAGGUGAUGGUCCGUCCCCCUACAGUGAUGUCCCCAUCUGGAAACCCCCAGCUGGAUUCCAAAUUCUCCAAUCAGGAAUGUAAUUCUGCUGAUCACAUAAAGCCCCAGGAUUCCCAGCACACACCACACUCGAUGACCCCAUCAAAUGCGACAGCUCCCAGGUCUUCCACUCCUUCCCAUGGUCAGACUACUGCCCCAGAGCCCACCCCUGUGCAGAAGACUGCCACCAAAGUGGUGUACGUGUUUUCUACUGAGAUGGCCAAUAAAGCUGCAGAAGCUGUAUUGAAGGGCCAGGUUGAAACUAUCGUCUCUUUUCAUAUCCAGAACAUAUCUAACAAGACAGAGAGAAGCACAGCCCCUCUGAGCACACAGUUAUCUGCCCUUCGGAAUGAUCCAAAACCUCUCCCACAGCAGCCCCCAGCUCCAGCCAACCAGGACCAGAAUUCUUCCCAGAACACCAGACUGCAGCCGACUCCACCCACUCCGGCACCAGCAACCAAGCCUGCUGCACCCCCGCGUCCCCUGGACCGGGAGAGUCCUGGAGUAGAAAACAAACUGAUUCCUUCUGUAGGCAGCCCUGCCAGCUCCACCCCACUGCCCCCUGACGGUCCUGGGCCAAACUCAACGCCCAACAACCGAGCAGUAACCCCUGUCUCCCAGGGGAGCAAUAGCUCUUCAGCAGAUCCCAAAGCCCCCCCGCCUCCACCGGUGUCCAGUGGAGAGCCCCCCACACUGGGAGAGAACCCCGAUGGACUAUCUCAGGAGCAGCUGGAGCACCGGGAGCGCUCUUUACAAACGCUCAGAGAUAUCCAGCGUAUGCUUUUCCCUGAUGAGAAAGAAUUCACAGGAGGACAAAGUGGGGGACCCCACCAGAACACUGGGGUAUUAGAUGGACCUCAGAAGAAACCAGAAGGGCCAAUACAGGCCAUGAUGGCUCAGUCCCAAAGCCUAGGUAAGGGAACUGUGCCCCGGACAGAUGUGGGAGCUCCAUUUGGCCAUCAAGGACAUAGAGAUGUGCCCUUUUCUCCAGAUGAAAUGGUUCCACCUUCCAUGAACUCUCAGCCUGGGCCCAUAGGACCCGACCACCUGGACCAUAUGACUCCUGAGCAGAUAGCUUGGCUGAAACUGCAGCAGGAGUUUUAUGAGGAGAAGAGGAGGAAGCAGGAACAAGUGGUUGUGCAGCAGUGCUCUCUCCAAGAUAUGAUGGUCCAUCAGCAUGGGCCUCGGGGAGUGGUCCGAGGGCCUCCCCCUCCUUACCAGAUGACCCCUAGUGAAGGCUGGGGGCCUGGGGGUGCAGAGCCAUUUUCUGAUGGUAUCAACAUGCCACAUUCUCUGCCCCCGAGGGGCAUGGCUCCCCACCCCAACAUGCCAGGGAGCCAGAUGCGCCUCCCUGGAUUUGCAGGAAUGAUAAACUCUGAAAUGGAGGGGCCAAAUGUCCCCAACCCGGCAUCUAGACCAGGUCUCUCUGGAGUCAGUUGGCCAGAUGAUGUGCCAAAAAUCCCAGAUGGUCGAAAUUUCCCUCCUGUCCAGGGCGUCUUCAGUGGUCCUGGCCGAGGGGAACGCUUUCCAAACCCCCAAGGGUUGUCCGAAGAGAUGUUUCAACAGCAGCUGUCAGAAAAACAGCUGGGUCUCCCACCUGGGAUGAGCAUGGAAAGCAUCAGGCCCAGCCUGGAGAUGAACAGGAUGCUCCCAGCUUCUCAGCGACACAUGGAGCCGGGAAAUAAUCCUAUUUUCCCUCGAAUUCCAGUUGAGGGCCCUCUGAGUCCUUCCAGGGGUGAUUUUCCAAAAGGAAUGCCCCCACAGAUGGGCCCAGGUCGGGAACUUGAGUUUGGGAUGGUUCCUAGCGGCGUGAAAGGAGAUGUCAAUCUAAACGUCAACAUGGGAUCCAACUCUCAGAUGAUACCUCAGAAGAUGAGAGAGGCUGGGGCCGGUCCCGAGGAAAUGAUGAAAUUACGGCCAGGUGGCUCAGAGAUGCUGCCUGCUCAGCAGAAGAUGGUGCCCCUGCCAUUUGGUGAGCAUCCUCAGCAAGAGUACGCCGUGGGCCCCAGGCCAUUCCUUCCCAUGUCUCAGGGUCCAGGCAGCAACAGUGGCUUGCGGAAUCUCAGAGAACCAAUUGGGCCCGACCAAAGGACUAACAGCCGGCUCAGUCAUAUGCCACCACUACCUCUCAACCCUUCCAGUAACCCCACUAGUCUCAACACAGCUCCUGCAGUUCAGCGCGGCCUGGGGCGGAAGCCCUUGGAUAUAUCUGUGGCAGGCAGCCAGGUGCACUCCCCAGGCAUUAACCCUCUGAAAUCUCCCACAAUGCGCCAAGUCCAGUCACCCAUGCUGGGCUCACCAUCUGGGAACCUCAAGUCCCCCCAGACUCCAUCGAAGCUGGCAGGCAUGCUGGCGGGCCCAGCUGCUGCUGCUUCCAUUAAGUCCCCCCCUGUCUUGGGGUCUGCUGCUGCUUCGCCUGUUCACCUCAAGUCUCCAUCACUUCCUGCCCCGUCACCUGGAUGGACUUCCUCUCCAAAACCUCCCCUUCAGAGUCCCGGCAUCCCUCCAAACCACAAAGCACCCCUCACCAUGGCCUCCCCAGCUAUGCUGGGAAGUGUAGAGUCAGGUGGUCCCCCACCUCCUACAGCCAGCCAGUCUGCCUCUGUGAAUAUCCCCGGAAGUCUUCCCUCUAGUACACCUUACACCAUGCCUCCAGAGCCUACCCUUUCCCAGAACCCACUCUCUAUUAUGAUGUCUCGAAUGUCCAAGUUUGCAAUGCCCAGUUCUACCCCAUUAUACCAUGAUGCCAUCAAGACUGUGGCCAGCUCAGAUGACGACUCCCCUCCAGCUCGUUCUCCUAACUUGCCAUCAAUGAAUAAUAUGCCAGGAAUGGGCAUUAAUACACAGAAUCCUCGAAUUUCAGGUCCGAACCCCGUGGUUCCAAUGCCAACCCUCAGCCCAAUGGGAAUGACCCAGCCACUUUCUCACUCCAAUCAGAUGCCCUCUCCGAAUGCCAUGGGACCUAACAUACCUCCUCACGGGGUUCCAAUGGGGCCUGGUUUAAUGUCACACAAUCCUAUGAUUGGUCAUGGGUCCCAGGAUCCUCCGAUGGUACCUCAAGGACGGAUGGGUUUCCCCCAGGGCUUCCCUCCAGUACAGUCUCCUCCACAGCAGGUUCCAUUUCCUCACAAUGGCCCCAGUGGGGGGCAGGGAAACUUCCCAGGAGGCAUGGGUUUUCCAGGAGAAGGCCCCCUUGGCCGUCCCAGCAACCUGCCCCAAAGUUCAGCAGAUGCAGCACUUUGCAAGCCUGGAGGCCCAGGGGGUCCCGACUCCUUCACUGUCCUGGGGAACAGCAUGCCUUCAGUGUUUACAGACCCAGAUUUGCAGGAGGUCAUCCGACCUGGAGCCACCGGAAUACCUGAGUUUGAUCUGUCCCGCAUUAUUCCGUCUGAGAAGCCCAGCCAGACACUGCAAUAUUUCCCUCGAGGGGAAGUCCCAGGCCGUAAACAGCCCCAGGGUCCUGGACCUGGGUUUUCGCACAUGCAGGGGAUGAUGGGUGACCAAGCCCCCAGAAUGGGACUAGCAUUACCCGGCAUGGGAGGUCCAGGGCCGGUGGGAACGCCAGACAUUCCCCUUGGUACGGCGCCAUCCAUGCCGGGCCACAACCCAAUGAGACCGCCGGCGUUUCUCCAGCAAGGCAUUAUGGGACCUCACCAUCGGAUGAUGUCACCAGCGCAGUCUGCGAUGCCCGGCCAGCCCGCCCUGAUGAGCAGUCCUGCUGCUGCUGUGGGCAUGAUGCCUGGCAAGGACCGGGGCGCUGCCGGGCUCUACACCCACCCCGGGCCCGUGGGCUCGCCGGGCAUGAUGAUGUCCAUGCAGGGCAUGAUGGGACCCCAACAGAACAUUAUGAUCCCCCCACAGAUGAGGCCUCGGGGCAUGGCUGCCGACGUGGGCAUGGGCGGAUUCAGCCAAGGACCUGGUAACCCAGGAAACAUGAUGUUUUAAGCUGCUAAGAUUGGAUGUGCGGAUCCUUGUCAAGAUGAGAUUCCAGGUCCUGAGAGCUGCUUUGAGGGAGUUCCAGGAAAACUAUUGGUCAUGCAAUAGGAGAACAGAGACCCGAGGGCUGCUGUGGGGGAGGGGGGAUCUCGAGAAUGUAUGGAUUUACCUGAAAACAAAUUCAUUUAAUCAACAGGUGUGUUUUUUUUAAGAUUUUAUUUUUUAAAAAUUAUUUUUGUGGACUUGGGUAUCCCGUGAUGGCGCCUACUUUUGGGAAUCUGUAGCCGUGCUUUGAGAAUUGCCAUCGGUCAUGUGUUGCACCGUUCUCUGUAUGUUUACGUCCUUUGGACUGGCUUCUCCCA